UCAAAUAGGGCGAGAAAGCGGAAGUGCGUAAUUUGACGAGAUUGAACGAGAUUUUAGCUACUGGAGAUAAACAAAUCCACGUGGUAACGGUAAAUAGAUAACAGGAUGGCAUUUUCCAUCCUAUAUUGGUUGAAUUACGUGUCUGGAACCAAAAAACUUCAUCAAAAGUCCGAGUUAGCGGUAAAAGCAGACCAUGUACUAAAGUUUAUGUUCGAUCCCGAACUUAAUUACGCCCAGGGAAGAGUUCACGCCAGUAUGAGAGACAGAAGUUACCACGUCAGUGUAAGUGCACGUUCUGUGUCAAUUUUCACCUCAAUAUUACUAAUUAUUUUUUUUAACUUGUCAGAAAGUAUUCAUUCUGUUCCUUCAUUUAGGUCACAUUAGGGGAUAAUCACACAGUUUCUGACAGCAUAUGUGAUUGUGUGAACGGGCAGGAUAAAUGUCACCACAAGGCAUCUCUCCUUUUAUAUGGCUAUAAGAAUGUUAGCAAGACGGAUGUGAGGGCUUCUUGGAUCCAGCAUCCUAAGAAAGCACCACCAAAGAAAACAACCACUAUGGAUGAGCUUUUUCCACCUUCACAAAAAGUGGCCAAUUACAGCUAUGCUGUGGAUAGUGUCAAAAGAACCCCCAUCCCCUACACUGGAUAUUCCUUAUGUAGAAGAUUUAUUGCUGGGAGAAGCUUACACUAGUGCUACAGACAAGAUACAGUGGUUGAAGACAAAUCUUGCUAUCCAAAGGGAGAAAAUAGAGCAGGUUGCACAAUUGACUGUUGGGCAGAGGAACAACCAUCUUUGGGCUUUGGUCAGGAAAAACCGCUUAACUGCAUCCAACUUUGGUAAAGUGCUUGCUGCUAUCCGACGAAAUAGGUUUCCUCCAUCAUUAUUCAAACAGGUUCUGGGCUCUUAUGAUUUGUCAACAAAAGAUGCCAUUCUAUGGGGUAUCAACAAUGAGUCAGUUGCCAAAGCAAAGUAUUGCUCAUACGGUGAUGCAGUUGUUGAAGAAACAGGGGUGUGGCUACAUGAAAGUGGUGUUUUAGGGGCAAGUCCUGAUGGGAUUAUCCGCCGUGCAGCAACGCAUAAAUAUAACCAUCAAGUAGCUCAACUGACAGACAUACUGGAGACAAUGAAAUUGAUGUCAGAUAUUUUGGAAGUUAAAUGUCCUUUCAGUGCCAGGAAUAUGACUAUUCCUGAGGCCAUUUUAUCAAUCAAAGACUUCUGUUUAGACUUCCAGGUUCAUGAUGGCAGACAGAUGUACAAGCUAAAGGAAGAUCACAUCUAUUACAAUCAAGUACAGGGACAGCUACAUAUUCAGAACAAAUCCGCCUGUGACUUUGUUGUGUGGACCACCAAGGACAUUGCCAUAGUUAGGGUUCUUCAAGACAGUGCAUGGGACCAGAACAUUGCAAAACUUAUUGACUUUUACUUCACUCAAAUAAUCCCCAUUGUUCAGAAGUAAAAUGUCAGUUUAUUUA